CGCCGGGAAGAUCAACAAGAUGGUGAGCGAACUCAACCUCGAGAUCGACCUUGAGGAGGAGGAUCGCGGGGACGGCGAAGGAGACGAGAGCGAAGCCCUGGCGAGGAGAGGGCGGGUAGACUUCCUUCUACAGACAGGGAAGAAUGCGAGGACGCCUUAUGUGCCUCCUGAAGAAGCUGAACUGUUUAAUUACACGGGGAAGAGUCGUCGGCAGCUGCACCAGGACCUAGCGAGGAGCGGGCGGCCUCCCCACCAGGCGUCAAAAGUCCGGCGAGGCAACCUGGGAGGCCCCGCGACGGAGAGGCGCGAGGAACACCUAGGUCCUCCUCGGCGACGCAAGGGCGGCCCCGCGACCCAGCCUCACACUGCCAGAGACUACCUCCUCACCGCCCGCGCCACCGCCAGGGAUAAGCACCUCGCUCGCGUCGCCGAAGUGGAGUCCAGGCGUCUGGACAAGGAGCUGCAUCGAGAGCGAGCCAUCAACGCCAACCUCGAAUCCCAACUGAUGUUCCACGAGUCGGCCCUUCAGGAGUUCCUUCAGCAUCACUACAGACAAGUUUCCGAUGCGCUUUCUAAAGGCGAGGACGCGCGACGGAACCUGACAGAGCAGGAGGUCCGAAUCGACUAUUUCUCAGGGCUGCUGGCGGAGGCACAGACGGUGCAGGAGGAGGAAGAGGAGCGUCUUCAGGAGCUCACAGCAUUCCAGCAAUUCCUGUCGGCUGUCACGCCCGCCCAGUCAUUUCGGGAUCUCAAAAGACGGGUGCAAGAGGUACAGGAUGAAGUUAAGGUGAGUCACGAACUGCAAUAAAGAUAUGCUAUUGAAUUUUCAAGAUCCUUUUGAAGUCAAAUAUGUCUUUC